AUUUAAGUAAAAUGACAGUCGGUGCUUCUAACUUGGGAUUUAUUUCUUGUGCGAUCUGUUUCUUUGGAAUACUAUCUCUCGGUAGUAGCUAUCUACAAUGUUACAAAUGUGACAAGGACGCAACACAAACAGGUGACUGUACGAGCAACAUGUGCACAGGAAAAUGCGCUACAAUCACCUACAGUACUUCAGUUGAGGGGGGAACCGUGGACACUACAGAACUCAGAAUGUGUGUUCCUAACAGCUUUUCUAAUGAGGAUUUGUGCAAGAGUAGGAAACCAGUUUCUAUAUCUGGAACCGCAUGCAAAGAUGUAAAUGAAGAUUGCACGUGCAUGGUGACAAGAUGCUCAACUGACAAGUGUAAUGGAAUGUUCGCUCAAGUUUACAAGACGAUAACAAAAGAGCCGAUGGCUAUAUUCGAGGAAGAGGACAGUGAUGUGCAGAUCUCACGUGACACACAGACGGAUAAUUCAGCCUCAGGAGGCUCAGUAACCCACGUGUCAAUGGUACUCCUCGCUAUCACGUUAAUCUUGAGGUGAGACUAAUAACACGUGACAUACAGUCAGAUCUUCUCUUAAAAGCUUAAAGAAGAAGAUGUGACUGUGAAAUAGAUCUAGAUGGACAGAUAAUCAAUCACCUGAGAACCGAAAUAAGAAUCAUACAUGACUUAUCAGUGAAGUGCAAAUGAAGAAAGGACAGUGUGAUUUUGGAUGUACGCCAAGAUAACUAAAAGAACCACUUCAAAAUGUAUUCUAUCCACGCAAAAUAGAUGCUUGCAAUGAUGAUCAUUAUUGACUGAAUGUGUACUGUGCCCAUAUUUUAUGGUUAUUUUAAGUACUUUUGUGACCAAAACAGUUCAAGUUAAAAUAAAUAUUAGAAGUUAAUAUUAAAUCUUUAAAUGUAAUUUCUUUUAAAGAUUGGUUUGUUAUCUACUUA